ACUUUUUGAAUUUUUUGAAUUUCUGUAAUUUGUUGAAAUAAUGAAUACCAAAAUUAAACAAUCGAAGGAAAUAAUAUCAAAAUUGCCGACUGAAUCAAUUAGCCAUAAAAUGGACGGUGAGAAAAGGAUUUAUAGCUCGAUGUUUGAGAUCUAUGGGCGUGUGCAGGGUGUAUAUUUUCGUAAGCACACACAAAUCAAGGCCAAGCAGCUUGGACUGAAUGGCUGGUGCAUGAAUACCCAGGAAGGCACCGUUAAGGGAAUUAUGGAAGGACCACAAGACAUGCUAUCCGAGAUGCGCUUGUGGCUGCAGCACAAGGGCAGUCCACGUUCCAUAAUUGAAAAAGCCGUCUUCACGCCUUUCGAGCCCAUCCCCAAUCACAAUUACCACACUUUUUCAAUCAAACGUUAAGCAUUAGCUCAACCUACUUCUACUAAAUAAAGACAAGACUAAAUGUUACUAAA